CACACAACUCACUUAAAGGCAACGACGUUAUCUUCUAAGCUGGAAGAAACAACUUCUUGUUGUUGUUUUUCGUGUUAUUAUGUGACGUACACGCUUGUAUAAAAAAGUUGGAAAUAAUUGCCUUUUCCCUUAGGACUGUAAUCUUCCCCCAUGAGGUUACAUUCUGAUGGGAUUAAGAGCUUAGGCUUAUCAGGAUUUUAGUUCUUCGGAGUGCCUGUCUGAUUCGCUGGACUUUGUCUUAAUUGGCGCUGAUUGGGGUCGGCUAAAAGACUGGAUUGUGAUGUCUGGAAAGGCUGUCGCUACCAACUAGGAACGAAUUUUCCGUUUUAUUUCGGAGGCCUGCACAGGAUGGCUGCGGAUUUUGAUCCCCUGGAUCGUGAUGCUUGGUAUUUCGGAUUGAUCUCUCGUGAAGAAUCAGUACAGAUCUUGAAGGAUGAACGCGAGUCUGGGGUAUUUUUGGUUCGUGACAGCACGUCCAGUCCCGGCGACUAUGUUCUCUGUGUUAAAGAGGAUAACAAAGUCAGCCAUUACAUCAUUAAUAAAACAAUAACUGACGAUGAUGCUAAACUGACGUUCCGCAUUGGCGAACAAGAUUUUUCCAAUCUCUCCGAGCUGUUGAGCUUUUACAAAUACCACUACCUCGAUACUACUCCUCUUAUUCGUCCUGCCAAAAGGAAGCUGGAACAGGUUAUUACGAAGUACGAUUUUGCUGGACGGGAUCCUGAUGAUUUGCCUUUCAAGCGCAACGAGAUCUUAACAAUUAUUCGCAAGGAUGAAGAACAGUGGUGGACAGCGAAAAAUGCCGAUGGCAAUACCGGGUCGAUUCCCGUAACCUAUGUGCAGAAGUAUGAUGCUAGGAAUGCCUUGGUCAGCUCUCCACAGAACGGUAGUCGAAGUGCGCCAAGGCCUUCAUCCACAGAAAAUCCCACGAGAGUGCCUGUACCUCGAACUCUUCCCGCCUUCGCGAAGGCUAUUAAAGACAGACAGAAUAUCCAUGAUGACACCCAGCUUUCUAUUAAGGUUGGUGAUGUCAUUGAAGUUACCAAUAUGAAUGCCAAUGGCUGGUGGGAUGGCAGUCUGAAUGGGAAAACAGGGCGAUUUCCGGCUACUUAUGUGGAAUGGGUGGAGGACGCCAACGGCACGCACUGAUGUAAUGUGACAAUACGUGGAAUACAUCCCUUCGUUUUUCCUGACUGGGCAGUGAUUUUUGAAAAAGUUUUAAUGGUUUGUGGUGGCUUGCUGUUUUUAAGGUAUGUUCACUUACCCGUUUUUAAUGUUUUUAAUUUUUAACUUGUUAAUGUUCGAAGGAUUUUAAUUUUAAGGUCGUACUAUGAAAGAUUUUUGACUUGUUUUCAUGGCCUAUCAGGCAUCAUUGGUUUGCUUCUAGAUUUAUUUUGCUGUAAUUUUGUGGUCGGUAUAUGGAUGAGAAUUGCUUCAACCGUUGUUUUUCUGUUUUGGAUUGAUGGGUUAAUUUAAUAACAAUCUCACUUAGUUUA